CUGAACGUCCCUUUCGACAUCCAGACUUACCUAAAGACUCGACCCUUCCACACCACAUACAACAUGGCCUCUCAAUUACUUCCUCUCGAGCUCAUCGACAAGUGUGUUGGCUCCCGCAUCUGGGUUGUCAUGAAGGGAGACAAGGAGUUCUCCGGCACUCUUGUUGGUUUCGAUGACUACGUUAACAUGGUUUUGGAGGACGUCACUGAGUUCGACUACUCCGGCAACCACACCAAGUUGAAGAAGAUCCUGUUGAACGGCAACAACAUCUGCAUGUUGAUUCCCGGUGGUGAAGGCCCAAUUGCGGCAUCUGCCUGAUUUGAAGGCUUGAGAGGAUACAUGAGGCAUGGCCGCAUUAGGAAGAAGCAAUCAUCAGCAUAUCACGAAAUACGAAUGGACAUUUCUUUGCCCUCUGUCGAUCACUGAUCUAGGAGCACCAGCAACAUUGAAUAUCCAAACCCACCCAACCACCCAACCAGCCGUCCUUGCUCUCUUCCACAACCCAUAACUACC